GUGCGCCACUUCGUCCGGGACGCCGUCCGCAAGGACGUCGGCCUCGCCGCCGGCCUCCUCCGCCUCCACUUCCACGACUGCUUCGUCCAGGGGUGCGGCCGUGCCCGCGUCAUGCAUGCAUGCAGGGCUGCGACGGGGCCGGGGGAGCAGCGGGCGCCGCCCAACCUCACGCUCCGCCCCUCCGCCUUCAAGGCCAUCAACGACAUCCGGGAUCGGCUGGAGCGCGAGUGCCGCGGCGCCGUCGUCUCCUGCUCCGACAUCCUGACGCUCGCCGCGCGCGACUCCGUGGUCGCCACCGGCGGGCCCGAGUACCGCGUGCCGCUCGGCCGGCACGACAGCCCGCGGUUCGCCACGCCGCAGGACGUGCUGUCCGGCCUCCCCGCGCCCACCUCCGCCGUGCCGUCCCUCCUGGACGUCUUCCACAACCACAGCCUCCACCUCGACUUCACCGACCUCGUCGCGCUCUCCGGCGGGCACACCGUGGGGCUCGGGCACUGCGCCUCCUUUGAGGGCCGCCUCUUCCCGCGCCCCGACCUCCUCCGCAGGCUGAGGCGAACGUGCCCGGCCAAGGGCACCGACGCGCGCACCGUGCUGGACGUGCACACGCCCGACGUGUUCGACAACAAAUACUACGUCUACCUGGUGAACCUGGAGGGGCUCUUCGUGUGCUGCCAGGACCUCUUCACCAUCGUGGAGCGCUUGGCGCGCAGCCAGCGCUACUUCUUCAGCCAGUUAGGCGCGUCCAUCACUACAGGAAAAUCUCGGUUUCCCGUGUGUUAGCCUAUGAGCCGCGUGUGUUUUUUCGGGCACCCGGCUUAUGCUCCUCUAAGCCGAGUCCCGAGAAAAAAACACCCGGUAAAUACGAGGAACUCGG